AAAGGCCACGAAGGUUUCGAAACUUGGACUGCAACGAACGGUCAAGCUACCUAUUAAGAGCCCAACGUCGGUGGAUCAAAUAUCUGCUAGAUAACGACCUCCCAAUAACAUGUGUCAGUUCCACGUGUCAGUUCCCAAUUUAGUUCCUUGAAUCGCUGGGAAAGAAUCCCGCUUUCCAGAACCUCGCCGCUCCAAAUCGUUCCUAUGGAAAUUUGAGGAUUUUCACGAAUCCUUGUUUUUUUUUUUUUCCUGCGCAGAAAAAGGUUUUUUUUUUUUUUUUUCCUAGGAGCUGAGAAAGUGUGAGAAAAUGUCGAGAAACGAAGAGGAAGAGAGCUUGGGGGGUACAUCUACUAAUACGAGCACCGCCACUAGAGUCAGAUCAGACCCUUUCCUGUUGGUCUGUAGGGGCUUCAGCGUCAUAACCGCUCUCACUGCGAUCCUCUGCAUAGUCGUCAACGUUCUUUCUGCCAUUCGAUCCUUCGAAGACGGAUCUGAUAUAUUCGAUGGGAUAUUCCGGUGUUUUGCCGUUGGGAUUGCGUUCUUUGUGGUUCUGGCUGAGACAGAAUGGGGAUUCAUCCUCAAGUUCUCGAAGGUGUUGGAGUAUUGGGUUGGUAGGGGUAUGCUGCAGAUCUUUGUUGCAGUGAUGACAAGAGCUUUCCCCGACUAUACUGGGGUUCAGAAGGCGCUUGUUCUUCUUCAAAACAUAUCAAGUUAUAUGCUUCUUGCUUGUGGCGUAGUCUAUAUAGUUUCGGGACUCCUAUGCAUGGGACAUCUCAAACGUGUUCGGCAGCAACAGGAGACUACAAGGGACCAAGCUGUCAAGGAUCUGGAAAAACUCUGUAUUGACUUGCCUUUGCUGACAAUUAUAGGAAUUGGAGCGACGUAGAGAGGAACUCGAACAAUUGCUUGUUGCAGAGACACAGAGGGUUUAAGACUAUUUUUUGCGUUAGUAGUCCAAACACAUUCAGGUUUCAAAGGCAACGGGACCGAGUCUGGAAAAUCAGUCCUUUGAAUUUGUAAUGUUGUAUGAUCAUGUAGUUUCAUUGUGUACAAUUGUUAGUUGCCUUCAUGGGAUUGAGCAUGGAAGACGUCCAAAUUUUCUGUAUAACAAUAUUGGCUCGUUUGUUUUCAGAUAUGAGAUAAGAUAAUAUGAGAUUAAAGUUAAAAAAUUGA